GACAUGCGACGUGUUCGAGAUGACAUGCCGUGGCAGCUAUGGGUAGUGGCAGUUAUUGCGUUUUGGGAACGGGCGGCCUUCUGGGGUAUAACAGGUCCAUGGCGUCAUAGUAAUACAGAAAACUACAUGCAGCACCCUUCCCAUUACGAGGAAGGUCAGACACCUGGAGCUCUCGGUCUUGGUCAGUCAAUGGCCACCCGGAUGUACUGCGCCUUCUACAUUCUCUACUACACAACACCAACCCUACUCGCUAUUCUGGCCGACAGUUGGCUUGGCCACUUUACAACAUUGGUCAUCAGCGUCGUCAUUUACAGCCUUGGUUGUGUGGCACUGACCGUAAGCUCAAUACCUAGUCAACUGGACAAAGGCUGGGGACUGCCUGGUCUCAUCAUUGCAAUGGCACUUAUUGCAUUGGGAGGUGGCGGCUUCCGUGCCAUCAUGGUGCCCUUUAUCGCCGAUCAGUACACUGAGGAGAAGCCAACCAUCAAAACACUCAACUCAGGCGAAGAAGUCAUCACGGAUCGACAACUCACUCUACAGUACAUCUACAACUUGUACUUUUGGGUAGGCAACCUGGGUUCCUUGUCUUGGUUCGCGACUGUCUACCUCGAGUUGCACACUGGCUUUACCUCAGCAUACGCACUCUGUCUUGGUUUCAUGGUCAUUGCGGCCAUCAUGCUCGUUUUUGGACAGCGGUGGUACACCAAAACGCCACACGAAGGCGACGUACUCCCUGCAGCCACCAAAAUCAUCACUUGUGCCUGUCGCAAUGGCUUCAAGAUGGCCCACGCUCAACCCGAGUACCAGCUCAAACACCGCCAACGCGCUGUCUCGUGGAGUAGUCAGCUCGUCAACGAAGUUACCCGGGGUCUACAAGCUUGCCGUGUUCUUAUUGCUUUCGUUGUCUUCUAUGUUUGCUUUGACCAGAUGCAGAACAAUCUGAUUUCUCAGGCUGCUGAGAUGGAGACUCACGGCACUCCCAACGAUCUCGUACCGGCCAUGAACCAAGUUGGCUGCAUCGUUUUUGCGCCACUCAUCCAGGAAGUCCUCUAUCCGUUCCUCCACCGCCGGCGUAUUUACUUGCGACCUGUAACACGAAUCACCAUCGGCUUCUGCUUUGUCGCAUCAUCCAUGCUGUAUGCGACUGUCCUACAGCACUUCAUCUACUCUUCUUCUGACACCAAGGUCAAUGUCUGGAUCCAGGCCCCGCUUUACUUCCUCCUUGCCAUCGGCGAGGUAUUUGCCAUGGUCACCGCGAUGGAGUAUGCCUACGACCACUCGCCGAAAGACAUGAAGGUCAUCGUGCAAGCAGUAAGCCUCCUUAUCGCCGGUGUUGGCUCCGCUAUUGCGAUGGCACUAACUCCGGCGGCGCGCGACCCGUUGAUGGUUGGCUUCUACGGCUCAUUGACUGGUGCAAUGGUUUUGACAAUCAUCAUCUUCUACGCCGUCUUUCGACACUACGAUAGGCCCGCUGCAAAGGACGAAGAGGCUUCUGUUACCACCUCAGCGACUGCUGGAGCUGCAACAGGUCCUCUCAGUGCCGGUGCAGUCAGCGCGUCUGCAUCUCAAGUCAGCUUGCAACCGCAGCCCACUAUCGAGGUCGUUGCUGCGGAGAAGGACGUCGUCGCCGAAGCUACAGUGGCCGACGCAAAGAACGGACUUGACCUCGAUGUAAAGACUGUCAAGAGUCAGCUCAAUGCUCUCCUUUGAUCAUCUUUCCGACCUGUAUAUACACAUGCAUUGCAACGGCGUCUUACACGGGUGAGCUCACGCUCUGAAGUUACAGCAUAUUGUUUCCGCCUUGUCUGAUUUUAUAUAAAAGCUAUGGGCCAUUUCAUAAUCAUGUAUCAUAUCCCAAAAGUUCGUCUGCGCUAUUCACAUGUGGUAAGAGCC